AUGUCAUUGACACUCCGGACCGACCUCCAGGUGGAGCUUUUGGCCACUCUCUUAAAUACCUGUGGUCCGAGGGCGAUUCUUUCCUCAGACUCUUACCCUCUGGACCACAGUCCUGUCGUUAUAAAGCUUCGUUUUGGCACUCUCUCUGUCCCAGUCGCUUCUUUGUCACUGCGCUCAACAUACGGAACGUCCGGCAAGACGUUUAAACUGCAUUGUGGAUAUAUCUCACAACCCGAACAAUAUAUCAGCUGUGGUCUUGAGAUCUAUUCGUGCAUGUGA